UUCUAUCAUCAAAAUCAAAACUCACAACCUGUUCUUCCGCAUCGUUGUUCAUACCCUAAAUUCACCGGCGACAAUGUCUGGACGUGGAAAGGGCGGCAAGGGAUUGGGAAAGGGAGGAGCUAAGCGUCAUAGGAAGGUUUUAAGAGAUAACAUUCAGGGCAUUACCAAGCCUGCAAUUCGCCGUUUGGCUCGUAGAGGUGGUGUGAAGCGUAUCAGUGGAUUGAUCUAUGAAGAAACCAGAGGUGUUUUGAAGAUUUUCCUUGAGAAUGUGAUUCGUGAUGCUGUUACCUACACUGAGCAUGCAAGAAGGAAGACGGUGACUGCCAUGGAUGUGGUUUAUGCCUUGAAGAGGCAGGGAAGGACUUUGUACGGUUUCGGAGGUUAGAUUUAGGGUUUAAUACGAAGAAUGUUUGUAGACCAUUGCUUUUGAUCUUAUAUUUCGUAGGCGAGCUCGUUCUUAUUGGUUUGAUGUAAGUUAAUUUCUCAUUAGUUUGGAAGUGAUGGUCUACUUCAUUGAACCGAUGUGCUAUAAGAAUUUCGCUUUUCUUCAGUUUAUUUGUUCUUCUUUUCUCGACA